AUGGCGGCCUCGUUCCGGCGACCAGAGAGCCGGCUUUUCCGGACUUAUGGGGCUGCUGGCGGGGCGAGACCGAGGCAGCAACGGCCGGGCCGGACAGCCGCGCGGUGGUUCCCGCCUCAGGAGCAGGAGCAUUUGUUUAGCAGCAGCGACGCCAACAGCAGCAGCCCCUCACAGUCUUUUGCUUCCGACGAUCCUGACGACCCUGACUUCCCCUGCAGCCCGGUCGGCCGACGGCGGAGGCGUCCUGGCGGCAGAAUUUCCAAGGGCCGGCCGACGCUAGCCGAGACCCCGAGACGCAUGAGGCUGCGACCUCGGCCGCCGCAAAAAUGCAGCACACCGUGUGACCCGCUCCGACCACCUCCUUUCCCCAGCAGCCACCUGGAUCGCCUCAGCCCGGACCUCAGCGUGAGCAGCCCGCCCAGGGACGGCGAGGAGCUGGGCACCAGUGCCUCCCUGUUCAGCGCCCCGGCCUCGACCGACCUCGGACCGCCCGUGCCACGGGACAGUAUCAUCUCCAUCGGCUCCUCUGCCUCCCCAGAUGCGGCCUCUACUGUCACGAGCGGUUUCCACGUCCCGGCUGCCUCACAGGGCCAGGCAUCUGUCCCCUCCUCCCAGGAAGCAUCAAAAGGAGGUGGGUUCAACAGGAUGGUCCACAGAGCUCGUGCCAGCCUGAGGUCAGCGCCCUUUAGCCUUAUGGACUCAGAAAACCCAGAGGAUUCGGAGUUUGGGACAGAUGAGAAAAAUAUGAGGGAGUCGCAUUGUAAAAGACAACUGACAAGAAACAGGCUGGAAAGCUUAGGUCUAAGAAGCACAGGUAAGAAGAGGACUACAGACCAGUCCUCCUUUCAAAAGCUGGGGUCUCAGGGAGCCAUCGGGAAAGACUGUGAGGAGGCCAGUGGUUGCAAGGGCCUAGUUGUAUCUAGGAAAAUCAACAGACCUAAGAGAACUGGGCUAAGCCAGAAAAGGAAACAUCAACAAGUGGAAACCUCUGUCAUCCAUUACCACAAUUUAAAAAAGGAUCAAAAGAUGGGGAAGGAUUCGUUCCUCUCCCAGGACCUGACUUCUCAGGCCUGCUCUUGGGUUAAAACCAAGGCCUCCUUCAGUUUGCACAAAAAGAAAGUUGUGACUGAUAUAUCAGAGGGGUGCAGCAGCUAUACCGUUGCCAGUUCUCUGUCUGGGUCCCUCAUCUCAGAAAAUUCAAGCCUCUCUACCAUGAAUAGAACAAAUAGUGCUCUAGACCCUUGGCACUCCUCUUCUAUGUAUUUGCUAAGCCCUUUAAGGAGUCCACGUGUUGGAGACAAAAAGGCAUCUGAUGCUAAAAAGGUUUAUGGGGAAUGCAAUCAGGAAGGCCCUAUCCCCUUUAGUUACUGCCUUUCCUCAGAAAAACUAGAACGUUGUGAGAAGAUUGGGGAAGGGGUGUUUGGUGAAGUGUUUCAAACAAUUACUGAUAACAUACCUGUAGCUCUAAAAAUCAUUGCUAUUGAAGGAGCAGGUUUAGUGAAUGGAUCCCAUCAGAAAACCUUUGAGGAAAUCCUACCAGAGAUCAUCAUCUCCAAAGAGUUGAGCCUCUUGUCUGGUGAGGUGUACAACCAUACAGAAGGCUUUAUUGGGCUGAACUCAGUGCAUUGUGUUCAAGGUUCUUACCCUCCCUUACUGCUCAAAGCCUGGGAUCACUAUAACUCAACCAAGGGGUCUGCAAAUGACCGGCCCGACUUUUUUGAGGAAGACCAACUCUUCAUUAUAUUGGAAUUUGAGUUUGGUGGGAUUGACUUAGAGCAAAUGAAAACAAAGUUGUCUUCCAUAGCUACUGCAAAGAGCAUUCUACACCAGAUCACAGCAUCCCUUGCAGUGGCUGAGGCAUCACUACACUUUGAGCACCGAGACUUACACUGGGGGAAUGUGCUCCUAAAGAAAACCCACCUCAGAGAGCUCCACUACACCCUCAAUGGGAAGACAAGCACAAUCCCUACCCAUGGGCUGCAAGUCAACAUCAUUGACUACACCCUGUCACGCUUGGAGCGGGAUGGAAUUGUGGUUUUCUGUGACAUUUCUAUGGAUGAAGACCUAUUUACAGGUGAAGGUGACUACCAGUUUGAAAUCUACAGGCUUAUGAGAAAAGAGAACAACAACUGCUGGUGUGAAUAUCACCCUUAUAAUAAUGUGCUCUGGCUACAUUACCUCACAGACAAGAUCCUGAAUCAUAUGACCUUUAAGAGAAAAUAUAACACCCCUGCCUUGAAGCAAAUGAAGAAAAAAAUCCAGCAUUUCUAUAGGACAGUGCUUAACUUCAGUUCUGCCACCGACCUGCUUUGCCAACACAGUCUGUUUCAGUAAGCAAAAAUGUGUCUUACUGCCCCAAAGUCAGGGCACUGGUCUUAAAACCUCCGGUAUUGUUUUCAGUCUCCAUCCCUAGAGCACGGUAAAGGUAGAGUUCCCAUUCUUACAUGUUUCCAAUCAGCUUUUCAAACAAUUUUGUUUUCAAAUGGAAAAAAAAAAGUUUGUUGAAAUGAUUGAACUUGCUGUUAAUGUUCUUAAAAAUAAAUUACAAUUUAGAGGACAUACUCUAAAUUGGUCUGUAUCAGGUCGUGUCGCAUCAGCUCCUUCACUGAUGUGCUAUGCAUGGCACCAAAAUGUUAUGUGCAUUAUAUUGUCAAUACUUGUCUACAUCCACAGUUAAGCCAUUAGAGGAAUCUUAGGUUCAAAGAAAAAAAAUCAGUGAAUAAACUGCAUACGAGAACAAAUGUUUGUGACUUACAAAUCCUCUAAUUGUCAGCAGGGUGCAGCCCAGGCAUUAGUUACACUGAUCCUGUUGCUUUAGGUUUCAAAGCUGGCUUUGGAAACCAGAGGAAGAGACCAAACACUGAAAACAGACUGUAGCAAAGCAGAGACCAAGAAAGAAACUAGAGGGAUAAAAAAGCAAAGUAAACUAUAAGGGUAUGAAAUGUCAUGUUUACCAGGCUCACUCACCAGGUACAUAGAAACAGAGCAGGAUUUCUCAAUUUUUAAAGGAGAAAUUCUCCGUGGUUACUAAUAUUUGAAUUUUUGCUUAUUUUUUGUCAAGAAGAAAACCAGAUCUGAGUGGUUGAUAUUCCUCCUAGACAUGACUGGUAACUUCUAAAUUUUCUCAUGGUUAACCUUGUUUUUUACUUUGCUAAAUGUCUAGAUUUUAUAGUACUGGGCCUCUUUUUAAUUUGUUUUGGGACAAGGUCUCACUAAGUUAAAAAUUGCCCAGUCUGGGUUUGAACUCAUUACUGCCUUAGCCUCCCAGCACUCAGGAGGAUCAGAGGCAUGCACCCAAAGCUGUAGUUUUAUACCUUUGAGAAUCCAUAGUUGAUAUGAAAAGAGAUGUGAUCAUAAUAAAGAAU